AUGGAAAACGCGAGAAGCAUGGUGGGUGAACAGGGGAAGGCGCUGUUUUACCUGAGCAACCACGCAGACAAUAUAUGCAGCGUGAAAUUCUGCGGAGAAGAUGUGUUGAUCUCUACGUGCGACUGUGGAAUGGUCACUUUAUGGGAUUUAAAUAAUUUAACAAGCACAGGGAAUUACAACGUAUCAAAUUAUAGUGCACUAUAUGCAUCCCUUUUUGAUAAGGACCAUUUUUUUGUAAAAACGAAGGAAGGCUCGGUAAAAUUAUGGGACAUAAAUCGUAACCAUUGUGCUGUAAAAUUAGACACCAACAAUUAUACUUAUGCCAAGCCGUACUCUGUAAAUGGAAAUAUAAUCACACCUGUAAAUCACAAUGGGGAUAUAGCCAUCUAUGAUCUGAGGAUGCAGACACACUUGCCUCGUAACAAUACCCUAUGGGGUGAUUCAAAUGAAGGAAGUAGUAACACGCUUGUCAUACGUUUUAACAAAAUAAAGAAAAGUGUUGGAAAAAUGAAAAUGUUAUUUUCCAAUGGAAAGCAAAAAGAAAACAAAUAUCUUUUGAAUAGCGAAUUGAAAUUUUGUAGUGAUAUUUUGGAUAUUUACCCAGUUCCAUUUUUGGGAGAGUCAUUUAUCCUGGCAUGUUACGAACCUUCUCUUUUUUUAAUCUAUGAUUUUAGGAUGACUAGCCAAUUUGUUUCGAGUUUUAUAAUAGACGUAAAGGAAAAUGUUCUAAGUUAUCACAUAAAUAAAAACAAAUGCGUUGUUAGUUCUAAUAACAAUUCUGUGUAUUCCCUUACAUUAGGGAAGGGUGAACAGGUUUGUUUGGUCAAGAAGGCACAGUGGCCAAAAUAUAAUAUGAGCAAUUUGGUGAUCAGAUCGGAUAAUAAAGUGUUCAUUUCAAUUACGAACAAUUGCUCUGUUAACUUGUGUGAUUUACACCAAAUGGAAAUCCUAGACUGCAUUAAGACAUAUAAGUUUAACUACUUUAAUUUCGUUGACUUCCACCCUUUUUCUGGCUUGUUCGCAGUAGCAGAACGGAAUAAGGUUUCCAUUUGGGCGAAUCAAGCUUCCAGUUUUGAUCUACCCCCCUCCAGUGAUGACCAAUCAGAGGUGGUGCCACUUGGGUGA